AUGAUGGAGGACUUCAAUAUGGAGGACGCUGAAGGCACAGCGCGACCUCCACCAACACCUAGGCUAGCACCAGUUGCUAUGGCAGUAACAACACCAAACACAGUCGAAAUGACCGAUGAAGACGCAUACGGCCCUGCAGCAUCCGGCGUCUCCGAAAACGCUGCCGACAACGCCAGCAAUCCUCAUCACUCCGGCCGAGCACUGGAUGGCUGGAGCCUUCUGACUGGCGAGAGUGGUGCUUCAUCACAUCGGGCUAGUACGCCACGCUCUCAUUCGGCUUCGACCUUAGAGGAAGCUGUGGUACCUAGCGUCGAAGACCAGCAUCAAGAUCUUCCACAAGCAUACCGGUCCGAACCUUCGCACUCUGCAAUUGGGCGGCGUUCCACCAUUGACGGCUCAACAUUGCGACCGCGCUCAGCCACGCCUGUAUCGCUCAGCCCGUUCAUGAUGUCCAAGUCGCUAGUGCGUGGUGCAGCUACUCUGGAAGCAGCAAUGCGCAAACCGCACCCAACGCUGUCAGAACGCUAUCAAUGGGCAACUCAGAUGUUUGCAAUCGCGCUCGACUUUGAUCAGCGCGCAGUAUAUUCUUACGCUUUCGACCACUACGUCAAGGCUGAAAAAUGCUACCGUAUCUGCAGGGAAGCGGAAUAG